AUGGCCCGCAGGUCCCAAUCUCACCCGAACAUCAGGGACGAUACCACCGAUCCCGUGCUCCCUCGAGCUUCCUUGUCACGAGUAGUCACCUUGACAACCGAGACCGCAAUCAUCCAAUCAGAUAGGCGAGCCGCGGCAAUGCCCGCUCACAACAUUGACGCCGGCAGCCUUCCAUCCAACGACCGCAAGGCGAUCACCGCAACGGAAGCAGUGCAAGCCACCAAUACCGCGCCCGCGCCCACCACUGAGCACAAACUAUAUCCUGGUCAUUGCGAGGCUAGGGUGAUACACCCAAAUCGCUGGCAGCUGGCAAGAAAUGCUCAUGUGGAGAAUGAAAGAAUGGCAGCGAGCGCGAAGCCUCUCUCCUUCGGUGUUGGGGACUAUGUGCAGCUUCAGGACGGCUUCGGACGGUUCCUGUUGCGCGGUACUAUCUCCGGGUUCGCCGGAUAUAGCAAGCAGUUCGUCGUAUUCCAGGUGGAUGGACGCACCGAGGCAUAUGGGAUUACUGGGGUUGCCGAACCGCGUCUCGCCGUGAAUCAAUUUGUUGUUCCUAGGGAACGCGCCCGUGGGGCGCCCUUGUGGAGUGUCAAUGAGUGGGCGGUGGACUCGGCGCGGAAGCUGCUACGCAGGAAGGGACCGUUGUGGAUGGGAGAUAUGCUCGAUCGCAGGAGUCGUAUGGAGGACGAUGUGCCGUUAAAGUGA